AUGAGUCACGCCGAAGCGAGUGCGCUGUUGAACCGCGCGACGAGUGCGAGCACCGUCGACGAUGAGCUCGGCACCGAUCAAACCCUCGACCAACUGACCGCCUUGAUCAAGCUACAGCCGGCUCUCAUACCCGUGGGUGUACUCCUCCACUGCAGAACUACCUCCACUUCACACUCACACGCCACGAUUCUUUCUCAGGGCAUCUGGCCAGCCGUACUUCGUUCGGUCACCGACCCUCGCUCGACGCGGCUGUUCAACUGGGCCACACAAGUCGUGCGAUACGCGCUCACCUUGAAUGUGCUCGCGGUCGACACCAGGAUAAACCGUGCGUUCCUGGGUGGGCAAAGUCGUGGCCUUCCUGCGCGACGCCCGCGCUGAUUUCCCCCGGACAAGCAUCGCACAGUGUCGCUGCUGGCGCUGCCCGCGAUCAAGACGACCAUGACCUAUGCUCGCGAUACGUCGAUCCAAAAGAUUGGGCUGCAAUGCUUUGCGUCGAUAUACCCACUCUUGUUCAAAUACGCGUAAGUGCGCCAUCUGGGGCUCUGGGCACUCAGGCGUCGAUUAUGAAUACCCCUCCGCUUCUCCAGAUGCUCGGGUAACGACCAGCAGACUUGGAUGACCGUCAAUGGCCUCAAGAUGAUCACGUUGGAGAUGUGGAGGGAUACCCAGAAGGGCAAGACCGGAGGAAAGGUCGCUGCCGUCAAGGUCUUGCAGAGGAUCAUCCAGACUCAGACCAAAGCGACUUCGGAUCCGAGGGUCAGUGCCGUCAGAUCACAGGCAGGUGGCGACAUUGGCUUAUUCCUUCUUGGCUCGACUCCAAACAGCUCCAGCGAACCGUCCAAGAACCCAACUUGCUCAUGUGCAACCCGAACCACGCGUUCCUCAAACCCGUCCAACUCGAAGACGAGGCGAACAAGUUGUUCGAAGAAGCCAUCACGACCCUCUUCACCUCGGACGACUCGGACCUCGUUUCGGCCCUCGUUUCAACCCUGACCGUCUUGGUCAAGUCCAGAACCAGUUUCGCGAGGUUGGUAGUGACCGCUUUAACGCAUUGGGUCCCGACGGCUUUGGUGGGGAAGGUGACGCCUACGCAGAUCAGGAGUACGGAAAAGAUCGUCAGAACGUCGUUGACCCAUUUGCUCAAGUGAGUAUGCAUCUUUUUGGGUGGGGUCACCUUUCCCAGUUCGUUGACCAUCUCGUAUUCAUCCAGGACGAACACGAUCGCCCCUUUCGCCUCCCAAGUCACCGACUUUCUCCAACGCCAAGCAGUACGAAUGGACGCCGCCGCUCUCGAGGCGCGUCAACAACAAGAGAAACUCCUCCUCGAACAAGCGCGUAAGCGACAACUCCAAGAGACGGAAGCCUCCAUCGCCGCAGCGACGAAAAGGAGAAGGACCGACUCGCCGAACGCCGAAGCGGGUCCGUCAACGUCGACGACGGCGCUCAUCAAUUUGAGAGAGGUUUUCACGACCACGGAUGGCACACCGAACGCGUUGGCGCAGUUUGAUGCGAGUAUCUUGCCGUUGAAUGUGUGCAUCGAUUUUCUGGUCGCGACGAUGCAGCAGGUAGAUGCGGCGGUCUUGGCGAGAGGGAUCGAGGUGGGUUCACGGAAAGGUUUUACCCUUGACGAUGAUCGCGACUGAAGAUAUCGGAUAUCUGGUGGGCAGGCCGCUAAAGCACGGCUAUCUCAAGCCUCGGCCGUAGCUUCGACGUCGACAUUACCGACCGAGGAAGUGGAAACCAAAGAUGGAGCUCGAGUCAUCGGCAAAGGGCGAGCGCGCUACGAAGUCUACGACCCAUUGAAGAUCGACCUGGGUGACGACGAACUUGUACUCAAGACCGACGAGCCCGAAACUACAGUACCCACACGGACGAAGGAUGAGAUCAGAGCUUCUCGAGAUGAGGGGAGUGACGACGAGGACGAAGGGGACGAUGAGGACGAGGAUGAUAGAGCUUUGCCCGUCGUUGAAUUCGACUCGGCAUUGACUUCAACGACGAUGAAGGAAUUGAUGACGAGCAGUGAGAUGACACCGCUUGAAAAGGACGAGUACUUAGUGAGGGGUGUCAGAAGGUUAUGUCAGAUCGGUGCGGAGGGAGGCGACGAGCUUUGGAUCAGUCUGGUGGCGAGGUUGGUGACGAGGGGGAUCGGGGAGGAGGAGGGGGAGGGGGGAGGUGCUUUGGGGGAUAGAAUGAGGGAGGAGAUGUUGGAGUUCGUGAAGGAGGAUCCGAGGAAUAGGAUGGAGUUUGCGAGGAAGUGGUUGAAUGAGGAAUGGUUCGCGGAGAAGAUGGCGAUGCGGACUAAGGAGGGGAGGAAGGAACGAGGGGAAGGGCAUAAGGUCGGUGAACAUCUCGUCUUUCUCUUCUGCCUCAAGAUCAUCGAGGCUGACCGUCGUCGAAAUUUGAACAGGAACGGACCUAUGACAUUUGGUUACGCAAGCUCUUGGCGCACAUCAUGUCCAAGAGCUCGAAUCGGGAUCGAGGCUUCACCCAGUUCGUCAUCGACUUGCCCGACUUGCCCGUCGACGAGGUGGAGAAAUUGGGGCAAAUGUGUAUGAAGAAGGAACAGUGAGUAUGAUAUCUCAUCGCACGAGGCUCCAGGUUUCAUGGCUGACUUUGUCUUGUGAUCGGUGAGCAGGGUGCAAUUGGGCUUCUCGGCGCUGAGAGAAUUGGCCGUGCUUCGGCCACCAUUUCGACCUGCGGCUGUGGAUGUCUUGUUAUCGUUGACGACCCAUAAAGGUCAGUUUCACAUUGAAGUGCCAUCUAUGAUGAUUGGAAACCUAAUUGGAAUUCUAAAUGUCGUACGGUGCACUAAAUUGCCCAGACAAACCUACUCGUAACGCGGCGAUCAACACGGUCAAGAAAUGGGUCCCCGAUUCGGCCGCGCUGUCCCCGACCAUCAUUGAUUUUGCCCUCUCUCUCAUCUCCCGGAUGGAAGUCGCACCUCUGACAAAAUCAGAAGAGUCUAAGAAGGAGGAUGGUGCAGAAGAUGGUGAAGUCGAUAUGGCGAUGGAGGUGACACCACCACCGGAAGAACAAAAGCCCGUUUUCGCCUAUGCGCUCGUCAAGGAUGCUCGGGUCGUCGAUCGUUUGGACCCGCCGGAGAGUCGAGAGGAUGUCGUGAGACAUGUCGAGUUGCUCUUUGCGCUGUGUCAUAAGCACCCGCAUUUGCUUAAACAGUACGUGCAGCUUCAUCGCGAGGAUCAGCAGUUGAUGAAGAUGACUAAUGAUCAGGAUGACGGGCGGCAUGGUACAGACUCUUCACCGCCUUCGCGACACUCCAACCGAUGGCCCAAGAACACAUCCUGUCCCUCAUCACACCACUCAUCAAGUCCUUAGGCAUCACCAACCCCGAACUGCUCAAAGCCAUCGACCUCGCUCCCGAGGGCUCGGAUGCACUCUUGUUACGUGUGCUGAAUCUACUCGGGGAGAAGUUGCCUCGGUUGCCGUCGGGCAUCAUUCAGAGUUUGAAGAAGAUUGCCAAAGAGAGGGUGCUGGACCCGCAGUUCUACGUCAUGAUUGUUUCCGAAUGUGACAAGGUGCGUUUGAGGGACCGAAUCAAGGUGCCGUGCACCACCCAACUGACCUUGGAGGUGCUUUAAAAAACGCUCAGGAUGAACUUAAGGCAUACAUCCCUCGCAUCAUUUCUUUACUGGACUGUACGCCUGAGCGGAAAGCCUUGAUCCGAUCCGUCUUCCUCGCUGCUACCGCACCGCCUUCAGAGAAAGGCGCGAUGGCAAGUAGGAGCAAGAUCAAGCUCUUGACGGCCGUCGAGUUGAUGUCGGUGUUGCAUCAGAGCGAUGCGAUCAGUGGGAUUAAACCUGCGAUCGAAGGUAAGUCACACCUUGGGAGGCUUUGCGUGUCCCUCACUUUGUGAAGAAUAAGUUGCUCAGACCAGAUUUCAUUCCCCACAGCCAUCUCAAUCUGCUUUUCCAUGACGGACGCCUUCCGCCCUGAAAUCCUCUCCUCCUUCAUGCAAUACACCCUCGACAGCUUCUCCACCAUACCCACCCUUUUCCUGCGUACGGUCAUCCAAGCCGUGUCGACCUACAAAUCCGCCCUAUCCCCCUUCAUCUCCUCCACCCUCCUAGUCAAACUCAUCAAUAAACAAGUCUGGCAAUCCCCACCCGUUUGGGAAGGCUUCAUCCGUUUAGCCAAAGUCGUCCAACCGGGCAGUUUCAAGGCUUUGUUGUUGUUACCCAGGGAACAGUUGGAGGAUGUGGUCAGACGACAAGCGGGUUUGAAAGAGGGGUUGAGAGAGGUCGUUCAAUCGGGGAUGGGACCCGUCGGGGAGGCGGGGAAGGAGAUUAUGGAGAUCUUAGGGGAACCAAAGGAAGAGACCGUGCAGCAACAGGGCUUAGAGGAGUCGAUAGCCGUGCAGGUUCAGUCCUGA